AUGUCUCAGCCGAAGCUGAACAAGUUCCGCACCAUGGACGUUCUGCUGCCGUGGCUGCUGGAGCCUUGUGGCACGCAGGUAUUUGUGGAUUCGAACUACCACAGCACGGCGGAGAGCCGCAUGCUUUGGCCUCGCACGGAUGGGGUGUGCCGGUGGUGCCCCUUGCUGUAUGUGCCCUUCCAGGGCGCAAGGAAGCAAGUGUGCCCUGCGGCGUCGGUGAAGCAGUGUUUCGAUGACGUCUACACAUGCGAGCGCUGCUGCAACGUACAGAAGUACGGCCCCAGGGGCGACAUGGACUGCUGGCGCCGGAAUAAGUCGGAGGCCACUCGCCUGGAGAGCGGCACUGCGGCCUAUGAGAUCCCCGAGGAGGUUCUGCAGCGCAUCAUUGAGAGUGCCAAAAGCCCAGCGGAGAUCCUGACCCUGAUCGGCCCGGAGGCAUGGCCGACUCCAAGUCCGAAGAUCUUCUCCUACGAGAUGUGCUGCGCGGGGAUGGUCGGGGAGUUCGUGCCAGGGCUGGCGCCCUACUUCCACUCGCAGCACCAGGGGGAAUACUUCAGCCAAGAGAAGCAAGCGGCGCAGCCACCCAAAGAGAAGGUGGAGAUUUGCGCCAACUUCGGGGGCACGUACGAGGACAGCGGCGGCGGCGUAGUGGAUGUCAUCCAGACGGACUGCAGCGUCCUUGCACAGAAUUCAGCGCAGGGCUGGAAAGUGGAGGGAGAGGCCCGCGGCGUGGAGGUGCACCUCUGGACGGUGGUGGGGAAGUUGCGGGAGGGCCACGUGCAGUGGUCCAACCAGGCACUCGGCGUGAUCAUCAUCAUCAUCAUCAUCAUCAUCAUCAUCAUCAUCAUCAUCAUCAUCAUCAUCAUCAUCAUCAUCAUCAUCAUCAUCAUCAUCAAGUUCUCCUCUGGAUGGUACCAUAACACUCCCCGCUCCCCGCAGUCCCACGCCGCUUAUAUCUGA